AUGCUCAUUCAACUGCCUCCAGAACUGAUUCUUUCUGUUCUUUCUUUGCUCGAUUUAUCUUGCAUCCAAGCUUUCUCCCUCGUCUGCAAGACUUGUAAAAGACUUGUCGAUGAAAACGAGUCAUCCAUCUACCACGCCCUCUCAGCUUAUCGUGGAUAUAUCGAUUCAAAAACCGUCUUCAAUCAAUUGCCUUCCCUGUACUCUUCAAAGUCCCUGGUCGGCGUGACGAAUUGGAAAUCUUUCUGCCAAAGACGCGUCCAUAUCAGCAAAAGUUGGACUGGCAAGGCCUCUUCCCAUUAUGUAUCAUACGCGGGAUCCGGAUCUAAAGUGCACCGCAUCAAGGUCGAUGAGCAAGCUGGAUUUAUUAUCACCAGCUUCCGAGAUGGCGGUCUACUAGUAAAUGAUCUCGCAGACGACCAGGUAUUAUGGUCGCUACCGAAGACCUAUGUCAAGCAGUUUGCUCAUCUAGAAUACGGAGAAGGAUUUCUCAUAUUCGAUCGUCUAGGAGGGAGCAAAGAAGUUUGGCAUCUUGCGAGUGGAUUUCCUCCUACUCCUCCACAAUCGAACGCUCUUCCAGACCAAAUUUCCGCCUCCGAGGAAUCUUAUCAGAAGCAUGCUGCUACAUACCCCAAAGGACAUUUCAAGCCAUGGGCAAUUUUGAGGAUGCCUCGACUCACCCGUGCUUUCCGGUUCGUUUACCCAACUCUUCUAGUCGGGGCUUGGGAUCAUGCUUUCCUAUGGGACAUCCCCUCUUGCGAGCUUGUGCAAACGAUCACGUCGAUCCAGGAGGCCGAGGAUCCCAGUUCUGCUUUUGCAGUCGUGGUGGCAAACGCCCCUUCUUUCGAUGCUCCUGCUCCCAGACUUGGUCCUCUGGGAAAUCUCAAUUACGUUGACGUGGACGAAAAGCAUAUAUUCAUCUGUGGUGUUACUGCGUUGCGUGUAUUUUCUCGUGCAACAGCAAAGUGCGUCCUUGACGUAUCUUCCGCAAGACGAGAAUUUGGUUCACGCAAAUUCUCUGUAAAAUAUGAGUCUGAAACACCGACGGCAGGUGCAGCACUUGUGAACCAUUUUACUGAUGGUGAAGAGUUUGCACUGUCCUCGUCGUCUUUUCAACCACGGAUCAUUGACGAGUUCGUUGCCGGUGAGUCCUGUUAUAAGGUGCAUUCUGCAGUACAUGUCUCUUCUUGUGGCCGACACCUCGUCGCGAUGUUGGCUAGCGCGCGGGUGGUGGUAAUGGAAAACUUUCAAGAAGGUCCCUUCUCAUUAUACAAUCGCAUGGUACAAAUUCAACUCGGAGCUUCUCGAAGCCCAUCAAAAUAUCUAGCAAUACAUGAUGACCGCGUCGUUGUCGCUAAUAACAACGGUCUAUUUCUCUUUUCUCUUUCUGCCGCUCUCGAGGCUAAGAUAAAACCAGACGCCAGUCCUAGUGGAACUCUGGUCGUAUCUCGUGCUCCAUUUUUUGGGUAUCACGUAUACAUGUCGAAUGUCACUUGUCUCCAACUUUCAGACACCGGUCUCUAUCUCAACUGGGAUCCUUCCCAUCUCCAACUUUGCCUUGAAGAUGAAGCCGAACAGGCUAGGCUAGACGCGCUAUUUCGUGUCUCGGUGAACGAUCGAACGUCAAGACAUGCUAGGAUGCCUACAGGCGAUAUAUUGAUUAUGUUGGAUGAAGGUAUAUUUACUGUUGCCGUUCAAAGACUGGUAGUAACAACCUCUGACUCCACACACUUAGAUGAUUUCUUCACAGAAAAAUCAACGGUUUGCGGUAUCGAUUUUUCACCUUUGUGA